GCCACCCGUGGGCGAGGCUACGGAAGCUCGACGAGGGGGCGAGUGUUGAGAAAAUGGCCUUCGUUGGAAAAGUUGCGUUCUUUUUCAGGAGUGCUGUCAGGGGCUCACGGCAUUUACAAGGUUCAACAUGGCGCCCAGCUGUUAUCUGCGGCACAGUUUUCGCGACAGGGUUUUUAGGAUAUGCUUACCGAUAUGACGUGAACAGUAGAAGUAUUCCUCUCGUUGUCGUUCACGCCGAAGAGCAAAAGUGGUCUGCUGCUCCCCAAAUGUCUGCCAGAAAGAGGCGUUUCAUCCAGUUUGCCUCAAUUGUAUAUAAAGAAGAGCCCUACAUGACGCCGAGAGACUUCCUCUUCUCUGUGAUGCUGGAGAAUGUCGAUCGAAAACUGCAGAAGAGAGUUCUCAAAACAAAAGAAAUUGAUCAGAUGUUGGUCGCUGCUUCCAAAGCUCGGCCUGGCAACAAUUUGUUCAGACUUUGGGGAGACAACGGUUUGAUAUCCUACACAGAAUACCUGUUCUUGCUGACUAUUCUGACAAAGCCACGGACAGGAUUUCGUAUAGCUUUCAAAAUGCUUGAUGUGGACGGCAACGAGCAUGUGGACAAAAGGGAGUUUAUGAAGCUCAAGAACAUUGGGAAAAGUAAAAUGAGAAUUUCAAAGGACAUCACAGAGAGAUCAGUUGAAGAAGGCGAGCAUGUGAACACGACGCUGCAGGCAUACUUCUUUGGAAAGAGUGGCCAAAACAAGUUGCAGUAUCAAGAAUUCCACAAGUUCAUGGAGGAUCUACAGGCUGAGGUUCAGGAGAUGGAGUUCCUGCAGUUCUCCAAAGGAAUGGACACCAUGCGACGUGAGGACUUUGCCGAGUGGCUGCUCCAUUACACCAACGAGGAAGACAAUGAGAUUUACUGGGAAAACAUGAGGAAGAGGAUCCCUGCUGGCCAGAGCAUCACAUUUGAGGAGUUCAAAGCCUUCUGCCUGUUCACAAACAAUCUGGAGGAUUUUGCUUUUUCCAUGAAGAUGAUCAGUGAAGCCAACCGUCCCAUAGGAAUGGCCCAGUUCAAGCGGGCCGUGAGGAUAGCCACAGGCCACGACCUGUCCGAGAACGUGUUGGACACUGUGUUUAAACUCUUCGACUUGGACGGGGACAACUGCCUGAGCCACAAGGAGUUCAUUGGAGUGAUGAAAGACAGAGUGCUGCGGGGGCUCAAGGUGCAUCCACAGAAUGGCUUCUCUGGCUACUGGAAGUGUGUGAAGCAGGAGACCCUGAAAGGAGCUCAGGAAGCACUUGGAAACGGCAGAUGUCCCAUCUGAGUGUGGGGUCGACCGAGGACACGUCUCAGCCCCACCGCCCGAGUGUUGGCAUCAUCAAUGGGACGUGCUGUCGAAAACAACUUGUAAAAUCCACUGUAGUUGACAAAAGUGUGAAAGUUGCAAGAGUGAAAAUAUAUCGGUUUUUGAAUCACAAUUUCAUGACAUCACCACCACAGUGACGAGUAAAGUAUUUUCAGCUCAAAAGGCGUGACAAUGGGUGUCCUGAAAGUAAAGGAUUUUUACCACAUCUGUACAAAUGUCUAAAAAUGUGUGGGUAUUAGGUUGUGUAUUUUGUGUGUGUGUGCUCAAGCAGAACCUUUACAAAAAGGCUGUAAAAUUGUUUCAGGUUUUCUACAAUUUGGUACUGUGUGCACCUUUAUCGAUACAGUACAAUACUUUCAAGUCAUGCAAUAAAUCAAGCUAUUAACUAUC